AUGGCGACCGAGGUAGCGGUGGAGGAUUUGCGAUCGGCGCGGCCGCGCGAGCCGCGUGCUGUCGGGAAGGUGGAGCAGUACAUGACGCGCGACCCGAUCUGCUUCCGUCGCGACACGCCUCUUGAGGACGCCCUGCGUGCGCUAAUAGAGCACAAGAUUAGCGGCGCGCCGGUGGUGGAGCCGCACGAGGGCGACUCGACGGGGAGCGGCAGGCUGGUGGGCGUGAUUAGCGAGGAGGACCUGCUGUGGAAGGAGGUGGACGCGACUGAUAGGCUCGUGCUGGGAGUGCGCAGGGCAGUAGCUAUGAUCAGCGAGGAGGACCUGCUGUGGAAGGAGGUGGACGCGACUGAUAAGGAUGUAGCUGCGAUCAGCGAGGAGGGCCUGCUGUGGAAGGAGGUGGACGCGACCGACAAGGUGAGACGGUGGGGAGGGGAUGUGCUGGCUUGUGCUGCGUGGGACGGGCAGCCCAGGGGUGGGGAGGUGCAGGGUUGCAGGGGUUGCGAGGAGCUGGAAACCGCAUUCCGCGCCCCGUGUCUCUGGUCAAUGAUGACGUCAGACACGAGCAUGCUUGAGACCUACGAGGACCAGGCUCUUAAAGUGCUCUCCCAAACCGUGGGUCUCAGCAUGAGCGAGCAGUCUAUUUCAGUCCCCCUCUCCCCCCCUCCCCGUCCCCACCUUCCCAUCUUCCGCCCCUGCCCCCCCACCCCCCCUCCCCCAAUCGUUCUCUCACAGGAGCUGGAAUCUGCAUUCCGAGCGCCCUACCUGUGGUCAAUGAUGACGUCAGACACAAGCAUGCUAGAGACCUACGAGGACCAGGCUCUUAAAGUGCUCUCCCAAACCGUGGGACUCAGCAUGAGCGAACAGUCCAUCUCAGUCACCCCCGACACGCCCGUUAAAGACGCCGCUACUAUCAUGCUAGAUGCGAAGAUUAAGAGGCUUCCGGUGGUGGCGCCGAGGGAGGGGGGCCGCCCGGGUGUGACUGUAGUGGGCGUGAUUUCGAGGAAUGAUGUUCUGAGGCAUGUGCUGAGCGUGCUUGUAGAGAGGGGGGGGAGGGCGGAGGGGGAGGGGCGGGCGGAGGGGGAGAGGGAGGGGGGACGGGGGAGGGCGGAGGCGGGGGUGGGGGGAGCAGCAGGGGGAAAGGGGGGAGAAGGUGGUAAGGCAGUGGGGGGUGAGGCGGGAGGGGGGGCAGGUGGGGAAUCUGGGCGUGGGGGGGUAACAGCACAGGCGGAGGUUGGUGGGACAGGCGGGGGCGGGGAUGCAGGGGGGGUGGGAGAGGAGGGGGGCAAAGGAGAGGCAGGAAGUGGUGGUGCUGGGAUUGGUGGCGAGGGGGGAAAGAAGGUGCAGACUGGUUUGGUGAAAGGUGGGGCGUGA